AUGUUAACAACUCCGAAAUCAAAUUCUUUUAAAAUUUUUAUUUUUGAAGCUUUUCAUUUUUUGCCUGUACAGUUCAGAAAAAUAUUUAUAAAUAAAGCUAUGAAAAGUAAAAACUUAAUAUUUAUUCACAGCAAUAGUUAUUUAAGUGACUCUUUUAUAAGCAAUUGUUUAUAUAUUAGAAUUCCUAAGCCCAACCAAGACUUAUUUAAUAAUCACAUUUUAAGUGUUAUGCAAAAAAAAUAUAAAAUUGAUUUUUACAAAAAUGAGACCAAAAAUAAUAAUAUCCAAAAUGAAAAUAUUCAAGAUUUAAAACAAUAUACCGAAAAUACUAUAAAUAGCUGUAAUUAUGAUCUUCCACUAAUAUUGGUAAUAAUUUAUUUAAUACAACUUAAUAAUUUUCCCGAUAUAAAUAAAAUUAUUAAAUUAAUUAUAAAUUCAAACAUUAAAAAAUUAAUAAAUACUAUACAUAAGUGUAUUAUGAACACACAUUCGUUUACAUCAAUCAGAAAUAUUUUAUAUUCAAUUCUUUUGACAUAUAAUUUUGACAUACAUAAUUUUUUAAAUAUUUUUUGUAACCAAUUAAUUUCAUUUCAUAAAUAUAAUGAUAAUUAUAAAAAAGAAUUAUAUUCUUUAUUUUCUGAAUAUUCGUAUUAUUGUGCAAUACAUGAUAAUCAUAUUUGUACAUUGGAAAAUUUAGUUUUGAAAAUUAUUACAAUCGAGAAAAAAUAUGUUGAUACAACGCAUAAUCAUUGUAUUGCUAUGACGGACGAAACCGAAGCAAUUAAUACUAGCCGUAAUUCUGGAACCAUUUAA